UAAAUUAUCAAACAUAUAUUUUAUUGAACAAUUAUAUAACCCUACACUUCAAGAUUAAUAUCAUCUACCAUAAUUUAUUGAUAUCUGCAAUAUUUUCCCAAUUAGAAUUGAAAAUUGGCCUUAUUAAGCAUUUGUUUCGUAUGCGCUCUCCACCUUCAUCUAACUCAUUUUUUGCCGAUUUUAACACUAUCGAAACGAAUUCCUCUCCCUUAAUACAAAAAGAAACAAGCUUGCUUGAACCUGAAUUCAAUGAUAGAUCCCCAAUAACUCAAAUUGCUUGCAAAAAAGACAUAAGACCUCCUAAACAAGUCAUAAACAUUACAUCAUUAUCAUCCCAUUUUUCAGCUAACACUCUUAUUAGCACAAACUCUUUCUACAACAAAAAGUAUGACUACGUUCGUGCCUUUGAACUCGAGGACCGGCUGUUGCCUAACUGUCACAUCGUUUGUCGGAUAGACGGAAAAAGCUUUCACAAAUUUUCUGACAUCCACUCCUUCGCCAAACCGAAUGAUUCUCGAGCCCUUAAGCUCAUGAAUCGUGCAGCCAUUGCUGUGAUGGAAUUGGUAGGCGAUGUCAAGAUGGCUUAUGGUCAAAGCGAUGAGUUUAGUUUUUUCUUACCCUCCACCACUCGUUACGCCUCUCGUCGGACUUCCAAAAUACUUACUCAUAUAGUAAGUCUAUUUACCUCUGCUUAUGUUCUAUACUGGCCCCGAUUCAUGCCCAGAGAUUUAACUAUUUCUAGCCCAAAGGAUGCUCCCAUAUUAUCAAGUUCAUUAAGUUCCCCCUCUCAAACAACUGAAUGCAUGUUACCCGCUUUCGACGGAAGAGUAGUUCUUUAUCCUACCGAUCAUAACCUAAGAGAUUACAUAAGUUGGAGACAAGUGGAUUGCCACAUUAAUAACCUCUACAAUACAGCUUUUUGGGCUUUAGUUCAGCGAGGAAAUUGUUCAAACACCCAGGCACAAGAAAUUUUGGAAGGAAGCUUAUCAUCGGACAAGCACGAAUUGAUGUUUUCUCGUUUUGGUAUAAACUAUAAUGAUGAGCCUCAGAUGUAUAGGAAAGGUUCCCUUAUAGUUCGCGCUUCCGAUCUCAGCCAAUCUUACUUAGCUAAUAUAGGCAAGGGAGGAAUCUGGGAGAGGUUUAAGGGAGCUGGGCGUAAUAAACGUUUCGACUAUUAUGCACAGUUUGAUGGUAGCGAUAGCAACGCCCACGAAGCCAUGGAUACAUUUGAUAUUAGAAAUAAAAAGAAAAAUUCUGAAGCAAAUAAUACGGGACAAGAUAUUACCAAAGGGUUUUUGGCUCUGCACGUUGAUUUGAUAAAUGAUGAUUUUUGGGAAGUCAAUCCCGGCUUGUUAGCUCAUGAUGUUGAUUUAGUAAAUCAGCAAUGUCUAAAAUUACUGGGUAGAGAAGGCGGUGGUUACAAAGAAAAGCUGAAUCAAAGAAGGAAAGAAAGGGCCAAUAAUUGGGAAGGAUUUGUUCAAGACAUGAUAGACAAGACCGAGUCAACCGACACCGAUUUUAUUAGCAAUGUCAAGAAACUCGAAACUUACUACAAAGAAUCACUCUCCUCUGAUUAAUUUAUUAUAUAAUAUAAUGAAUAUUUUAAUGUAUUGAUCGUAUAAAUUCGUCACUUAUAAACUUUGUAUUAUAAAUUUUUAUUUAUAUUAUUGUGUU